AUGGAGUGCUGCAUGUCGGAAGAGGCAAAAGAACAAAAGAGAAUUAAUCAAGAAAUUGAGCGGCAACUCCGAAAGGACAAACGCGAUGCUAGACGAGAACUCAAACUACUUCUGCUUGGUACUGGUGAAUCCGGCAAGUCAACAUUUAUCAAGCAGAUGAGAAUCAUUCACGGCUCGGGUUACAGCGACGAGGACAAGCGAGGCUUCAUCAAACUGGUGUACCAGAACAUCUUUAUGGCCAUGCAGAGUAUGAUACGGGCCAUGGAUCUACUCAAAAUACAAUACGGGAAUCCGUCCAAUGCGGAAAAGGCGGAGUUGAUAUCGUCCAUCGACUAUGAAAGCGUCACAACGUUCGAAAGUCCGUACGUGGAAGCUAUCAAGGCUUUGUGGGCUGACUCGGGAAUACAGGAGUGUUAUGACCGCCGGAGGGAGUACCAACUGACUGACUCCGCUAAAUACUACCUACAGGAGAUAGAUCGUGUCGCGGCCCCCAACUAUCUACCUACUGAACAGGACAUACUCCGUGUGAGAGUCCCUACUACUGGUAUCAUCGAGUACCCAUUCGACCUGGAGGAGAUCAGAUUUAGUUAUCUAAGCGAUUUACCGAGAAUCGAAAGUUCAGAUUAUCUGCCGACCGAGCAAGAUAUUCUUCGAGCAAGACAGCCCACGACCGGCAUACUAGAGUACCCUUUUGAUCUAGAUGGGAUCAUAUUUAGGAUGGUGGACGUCGGCGGUCAGAGAUCUGAAAGAAGGAAGUGGAUCCAUUGUUUCGAGAACGUUACAUCAAUCAUAUUCUUAGUAGCACUUAGUGAAUAUGAUCAAAUUUUAUUCGAAUCAGAAAAUGAGAAUCGAAUGGAGGAAUCCAAGGCGUUGUUCAAGACUAUUAUAACGUAUCCAUGGUUCCAGCAUUCAUCUGUCAUCCUCUUCCUCAACAAAAAGGAUCUUUUAGAAGAGAAGAUCAUGUACUCUCACCUAGUAGAUUACUUCCCGGAGUAUGAAGGACCGAAAUGUGACCCAGUACCUGCCAGGGAAUACAUCCUUCAGAAAUAUCUGAAAGAGAAUCCCGACCCUGAUAGACAGUGUUACUCACAUUUCACUACAGCGACAGGUUUAUAUGUUAGGCGUUCGAUUCGCCUCUUGCUUGUGACGAUCUCGAGCCGGUUAAGGGCGGGUCCGCCGGGUCCCGAGACUAACUUGGAAGGUCCGUCAGGUCCCGAGACGGUCUUGGGCGGGUCCGUUAGGUCCCGAGACGGUCUUUUGCGGAUCCGUCGGGCCCCGAGUCUGCCUUGGGUGGGUCCGUUAGGUCCCGAGACUGCCUUGGGUGGGUCCGUCAGGUCCCGAGAUGACCUUGGGAGGGUCCGUCAGGUCCCGAAACGGUAUUGA